UUUUUUUUAACUUUGGAUACAUCACCAUAUCAUUUCUGAUGAACAAUUUCAUGGAUAAACUUUCUUCAUAAUACUUAGAUGCUCUUUUCGCACAGCACUACCACAAGGAACAAUAAAUUAUAUUUUCUUGUAAUCCUUUACUCUUGUAAAUAGUUUGUGCGUGCAAGUUUUUCCAUCACCGGAAAAUUUUGAAUCUAUACUAAUAGUACUACCAAUAAAAAGAAUGACUUUUAAGUCAAGUCAACAGUUCAAUUUAGUUUUUAUUAUUUAUUUCUUUAGUUUGAAAAUCCUCAUGAAUACGGAUGGGGAUCGAUAAAGCCCAAGCCCACUUAUAUUUCAAAGCCCAAAAAGUAAAUCUCCACUGUAAAUAAUCAAAUCACUCGUCGACGAGCAGCAGAGUAACCCUAGCAGCAGACACACACACACACAGCUCACCAGAAGAGAGGAGUCUAAGUCGCCGCCGCCGAGCAAAGAAGAUGACUUUCAAACGCAGGAACGGAGGGAGGAACAAGCACAACCGUGGGCACGUGAAGCCAAUCAGAUGCUCCAACUGCGGCAAAUGUUGCCCAAAGGACAAGGCCAUCAAGAGGUUUAUCGUGAGGAACAUUGUGGAGCAGGCUGCUAUUAGAGAUGUUCAGGAAGCUAGCGUAUACGAUGGGUACACAUUGCCUAAGCUGUAUGCUAAGACGCAGUACUGUGUCUCCUGUGCGAUACACUCUCACGUUGUUAGAGUUCGUUCCCGCACCAACCGCAGAGUUCGUACUCCCCCGCCUCGUUUUGUUAGACGCAAGGAGGAUGCUCCCAAGCCUGGACAACCUGGUCAGGCUCCUCGUCCUGCUGGAGCUGCAGCUGCCCCGCGUGCCUGAAGCCUCUGAAUAUCCCUUGUUUCAGCUUUUUGAAGUUUUAUGUUUGGUUCAGAUUGAUCGUACUAGUACCAAUAUGUGAAUCUCGAAAGCUGUUUUAGUAGUGUUCUUGUUUCGACUUCGUUAUAUUUAAAACACUUUGUUUGUUUUCUCGAA